UCCAACAUGGCAGCCAAAAUAUUGACGUGUCGAAAAUUUCAUGAGCUUUUUGCGUUUUCUCUGCUCUUGUUGCAUAUUUCAGUUGCAUAUGGCGAGAAAAACAGCCUUUUGGCAAAUUCAAAUAAAGAACGUGAAGAGUUUCUGCCUACAGUAAUGGUCGCCACUCUUGUGAGAAAUAAAGCCUAUGCACUACCAUACUUUUUCGGGCUGCUGGAGAAGUUAGAUUAUCCCAAAGAUCGGAUGGCGAUAUGGCUUUAUUCAGACCAUAAUGUGGACAACUCAACAGAAGUGAUAAAAGAAUGGGUAGCCGCAAUGGAAAACCAGUAUAACUCUAUAGAGUUCAUCUAUGAUGAUACGAAAGAAGGUUACCGUGGGGAAAAAAGUCCCUGUGACUGGACGCUGGGGAGAUUCCAACAUGUGUUGACUGUACGGGAAAAGGCACUUGAGGCUGCAAGGCUCAUGUGGGCUGACUAUAUAUUGAUGAUAGAUGCUGAUGUGAUGAUAGAAAAUCCUUUGAUGUUGAGAAGACUAAUUGAAGAGAAACAGACAGUUAUAGCGCCAAUGAUGAGAAGCUCCGUUGCCGAGUCAACUUACGCCAACUUCUGGGGUGCUGUCGACGAGAACGGAUUCUACAAGCGAAUCCCGGAGUAUUUUAAGGUCCUGGAUCGGGAGUUUGUGGGAACUUUCUUGGUUCCAAUGGUCCAUACUGUGUUUCUGGUGGACUUAAGGGAUAAACUUUCAGGCAAUCUUACCUACUUGAUGCCGCCAGAUUACGGGAAAUCUGAGGAUGAUAUUAUUUUAUUUGCUGACUCCGCUAAAAGGGCUGGUGUGCCUAUGCAUGUACUGAACACAGAGCAUUUCGGUCAGAUCAAUAUACCGCUUGAAAGCUACCACAAUCUCAUGAUCGAGAGAGAACAGUUCAUGUAUGCCCUGGUGGAAACAUUAGAUGCAGACAACCCAGAAAUGGCGCCAGGGGUUGACUAUAUUAUUGAAGGGCGAGGUUUGAUUCCUUCACCACAUAUCAGUAUGCGUUCGGAGGCGAAAGACAGGCUGGGAUUUGACAAGGUUUACAUGGUAAACCUAGAGCGGCGUUCUGAGAGACGCACGAGGAUGAUGCAUGUUUUUGACGUGCUUGGGAUUGAAGCUGAAUGGGUGCCAGCGGUUGAUGGAAAACAGUUAAACGCCUCAUAUAUUGAGUCCCUUCAGAUACAAAUAUUGCCUGGUUUCUCAGAUCCGGUGAAAGGCAGACUUCUGAAUGAUACCUAUCUGUACAAAGACCUAAAAAUUGAAGUUGUUCCCGGCUUUAGCGAUCCGUACGGUGGAAGGCCUAUGACGAUGGGAGAAAUUGGCUGUUUUUUGAGCCACUACUUUAUCUGGAAGGACAUGCUUGAGAAAGGGUACAAAGAUGUGGUUGUGUUUGAAGAUGAUCUGAGAUUUGAGCCGUAUUUCCGCAGCAAGCUGAACCAUAUCAUGAAGCUUGUGAAACAUACCGUACCAGACUGGGACCUCAUCUACUUGGGCAGAAAGCGACUUAACCGUAAAGAUGAGAGAUUUGUUGAGGGAACGGACAACAUUGUUUGGCCCAGCUACUCAUACUGGACACUGAGUUAUCUGCUGUCCGCGCAGGGAGCCAAGAAACUUCUCGCACAGAUGCCGUUACAGAAUUUGCUUCCAGUGGAUGAGUACCUGCCAGUGAUGUUUGAUCAGCAUCCGGAGAAAUCAUGGAAGGAGCCAUUUCAUCCCCGAGACCUAGUUGCCCUUUCCGCCGAGCCGUUGUUGAUUUACCCCACCCACUACUUGGGAGAAGCCAACUACAUCUCCGACACUGAAUUUUCUGAACUGAUCAUUGACAAAACUGACCACAACAGAGCUGAGGUACCUCAGUCUGCUCCAGAAAGUGAUUUGAACCCAAAGGAGAAUUUAACCCCAGGAGCUGAUAUUACCCAAAAGGGUCCAGAAGGAAUGGAAAGUAUGAAACAUAUCCAAGAUGAGUUAUGACACAAACAAUCUUAAGUUAAAAUGUAAAUAUUGUUCAUACUAUAUUUCUCCUAAUAAGCAACCAAUGGUCAUGUCAUGUUUAAGAGCUUCUAAGCUCUGAUAAUCUAGUUCAAAAUUUUCCAUAAAAAUUAGUUGUAUGAAAGUCAACAAAAUGGCCAAACAAGUCUCACAGCCAAAUAAUGUUUUCAUUUUACUAAUCAAGGUUGUUGUUGUUGUUAUUAUUAUUAAGGACAUAAAAUCUGUGAAAUUGUGCAGGAAAACACCCCCUGCACGUUCAUUCAGGGCAUGUCUAUCUAUUAGAACUUUUACGGUACAUGUUUGUAUGUUCCGACCAACCAGUUUUUUGUAUUGAAAUCCAUUUGUGGUACCCACCUGCUUUAUAUUUUGUGAUAUUCCUCUGAAGCCAAUUUUAAAAGUUAAGAUGUUUAAAUGUUUGUACCAAAAAAAUUAUUAUUACAUUGCAUCGCUGUAGAAAAACCAUAACUGCUUUUGUUCUUCAAUCUGCUUUUUAUUUUGUGAUAUGUUAUAUAUUGAGCGAUAACUUACAUAUUAUCUUAAGUGUCACACAUUUUGCAUGGACAGAAAUUGGCGGCAUCAUAAUGUACAUUUUGCCUAAUGUUUUUUUGUCAUAUAUUUUUUGUAUUGAUUAUUAUUUCAGUCAUGUUCAAGAAUUGAAACCCUUUUAGGUCAAAAUCAGUGAACUUAUACCACAUGCAUAUAAUGGGUCUUUUAUGGCUGAUAUUAAGAAAAAGCACACAAACACUUUUUUUUCUCAAUAUUGUUUUCUAAGCAUUUUUGCGUAAUGACAUAUUCAGCAGAAAAAAAAAAAUACAACAAAAAGGAGGUGACAUAACGUCAUUAACUGUUUUAUGAUGGCACAUCAUUGAGGGACAAAACAAUUGAUGUUGAAAAAAAUAUGAUAUAGACUCAUACAAAUGAAGAUUAAAAUAUUAUCAAUCACAUGUGAUACAGUAGCCUAUUAGAAAUUGAGUUAUAAAAUCAUAGUACAGCCGAACCUAGUAAUCUCGUACAAGCUUGGCUUGAAUUCCUCUUUGGCUCGAACUAGUGUGAGGACCAAUUUUUCUAUACUGAAGGUUACACAAUCCCGCUUGGCUAGAAUUUUCCGAGGCUCGAGGUAUUUUCACCGGUCCCUGGGAGAUUUAGCCAACAGGUUUCGACUGUAAUAUGGAAGGCAUUCAUUUUUUUGGCUGGAGCUUAUACUUCUGGUCGUGUGGACUGUCAUCUUAAAAAUGUUAAUGUUAAAUGUUAACCAUCAUCAUGACGGAUACUCAGGGCUGAUUGUUCAGAACUUUGUUUGUUAACAAUGUUGUUAACACAUUUAUGUACUCAUUUAUUUGCACAUCCUUGGCACCCAAGCGUAUCAUAACAUAUAUGAUACCCUGGGCAAAUCAGCUGUAAAAAUCUCAUACUCAUUAAUAAUUCAUAAGGUGAAAUCAAGCCGCUUAAUUGGUCACAUGAGACAAACCUCAUGUGGUGCGGAAAUGGCCGUGAAGUUACGGAUGUAAUCUGGGUUCGAAAUAAUCCAAUGAGAUUACAGCUUACAAAUCGUUUUAGGCAGGAUGUUGUUAAAUAUGCCGGUGGCUCUUCACAAAGAAGAUUCUUUCCUUAUUGGUAUCGGCUAUUUCAUUGGUCGGAAAAUGCUUAUGAAUAUUCAAGAUUUACGAAGUUUCCCUAGUCAAUUUGCCCAGGGUAUCAUUAUCGGUUAUGGUACGCUUGGGUGCCGAGGAUGAUAUUUGCAUAAAACAAGUACAUAUCUUGUUAGGAAAUUGUUAAAAGCAACGUUGUUGACUUAUUCACACAUUUAUGUGCUCAUAAAUAUAUAUAUAUAUAUAUGCAUAAAACAAGUACAUAUCUUGUACAGAUCACAAUUGUAUCCAAUUCCAUUCAACUUCAAGUGCAAUAACGAUUUUAAAGUUAACAACAAUGACGUUAACAACGUUGUUAACUUUAACAAAGUUGUGAACAAACAGCCCAUUGAUUGAAAAUCAAAAUGUUUUCGCGUAAACGAAUACUGAAAUAUGUAUAAUGGUUAUCUCAGGGGUCUUGCAUGAAAUUCUGAUUUUAUGCCAUCUUAUUCAUGUAUUUUGUGAGUUGAUAGUACUCCAGAAGGUUUUGUCAAUCACACUUUUGUGCACAGUGGUCAAAAAGUGGCUCAGGGAGAGCAAUAUUCGAUAAGCACAUAGAGAGUUGAUUUUUCUACCUUCUGUUUCUGUGGGUAGGAGUGAUUUAGGAUUAAAUGAUUGGGUGUUUUUCGGUGUAUGAAAACGAAUAUCCAUUCACUGACCGAAUUGUUAUUAUAUCCAGAUUAAGCAAAAUGCUGAAAUAGUCGAUGUUUUUAUUAACACUCAUCAUUUUAAAUUUCUCUAGGGAAAUUAAACUACAUUACUGAAAAUAACUAUUUCAAAGUAAUUGAACUUCAGCUGUUUUAAAACAGGGUCAGCUUCACUUGUUUUAUUGAGUGUUGUUUUUAUGCCAUCCGCUGGGGUUAUAUUACAAAAGCAUCUGAAAGCUGCAUUCACACAAAAUGAUCAUUUUGACAUUUAAAAAAAUACAUAAAAAAUGUCUUUUAAUGAGCCAAUUUUCACAUAAAUGUCUGUAAGCCAGUGAUAGAAAAUUGCUGUCAAAAAGAUCAGAUUGCAGUGUUUCAUAUUAGCGUUCCAAUUUUUUUUAUGGCUUAGAGCGUUACUAAUGCUUUAAGAAAAAUAUCAUUUUCAGCAGUAUUCUGAACAGUUAAGAUCUGUUAUAGUAGGCAUUGAUAACAAAACAAGCUGAUUCUGAGACAAUUUUUUAAAAAAAUGUCAAAUCUGUGGGAUUGCAGCUUUAAAUUAAAAUUUUACCUUUUCCUAAUAUAUUCAACAAUUCUCUUAGCUGAUUUCACUGGAAGAAAGUCUUAUGCUUAGUGCUUUAUCUGCUAUUGCAAUAUGGAAACUUUUGAAGAUUUUAGAUAUGAAAACUCCAUUUUAAAGAAUUAUUUUUUCUCAAGAAAUAUAAUAAUUCGGAAUUUUUCAUUUACGUUCAAAUAUGUUAAAAUGUUUCUGUAAUGUGGACCCAGAGGUUUACUGAAAAUGUUGCCUUUAUCAGAAUACGAAUGCAAUCAAAGGAUAUACAUGUACAUUCAUCCAAGAAAGCAUGAUAGGCAUUGGAUGGUGAUAAUUCCUGCUGGUCUUUUUUUCCAUCAUUUUUGUCCGAAAACUUUAAUGUUAGUCAUAGCUUGUUUAACAUUCAUUAUAUUAUGCUAUCCAUCAAAUGGUACACAUGCUUGUUUUUACAAUAUGCAAAAGUAGCAAUUCUUGUUACCCUUGUUGAAAAAAAAGUUGUUUUAUGCCCUAAAAAUGGCCGAGAAAAACUGACAAGUGUGUCUGCUUGUUGUUUAAUUUUUAAAAUGUGUAAUUAGCAAACCCCAAACUAAAGAAUGACAUUGGUAUAAACUUUGUUAUUGUAUCCACUGUUUAUAUUUUAUUGAUAAUUGUUUUAUAUGAUUACAUUAUAAAAAUACAAUUUAGAGUAUUAUGCUAGAUUAAAUGUAGAUAUAGUGAUGUAUUGUUUGCUUGAUUCUUCCUUUAGAUUUAUUCUCUAAGUUUCACAAAUAAUCUUAACUUCUAUAAAUGUGCAAUUAUCUGAUAAAGUUUCUAGUCAAUUUGUAAAAUUGUUGCCAUGUUGAUAAGCAUAAUAGUUGCAUAAUUUUUAAGAGACAUGUGUUUGAUGGUGCUAUGAGACGUAUGGUUCAGAAAUAUGGGGAUUAAAAAAAAUUUUUUUUUAAAAAGGUAUGAACAUGCAGAAAGAGUACAUACCCAUGUCUUCAAAAUGAUUUUUUUUGUUCAUAAUGUGCCAUAUUUGUGUUUACAUAUAGCAUUACAUUAUUUCUAUUGAUUGCCAAAACUGUAAAAUGUCCUAGCCUUCUUAUGUCAUAUGCUGAUAAGCAUUUCGGCAAUCAAGGGGCAAAUUAUGAAUUGUUUGAUCUGCUUAUAAGGAGGCAUGAAAAUAUGCUUGAAAAGUUGAGAGCAGGGGACUAAACUUGUCUUUUUUGGUAUUCAGUUGUCAUUGUAUGAAUCGGUGUAUGAUUACUGAAUGAAUUGUGAUGUGUAUGUUAAUUUGUAUGAAUUUUACUGUAUACAUGUAAUUUUACUUUUUACUAUUGUGUUGUAAUUUUAGUUGCUUGCAUAGUAAAUCACACAUUUCCUACUAAUCAUGUAGUUUUAAUAUUUUAUAGUGAUUAUAUAAUUCACACACUUUGUACUGAUUAUGAAAUUCACACAUUGUUCUACUAUAAUUGCAUAAUUCACACAUUUUCUACUGAUUAUGGAAUUUUCUACUGAAUAUGGAACAUUUUUAGCUCGACUAUUCGAAGAAUAAGGAGGGCUUUACUACUCGCCCCGGCUUCUGCGUCCGGUUAAAGUUUUAGGGCAAGUUGGGAUUUUCACUUAUAAGUCCAAUACCCUACAUUCAAUUGACUUAAUACUUCACACAGUUGUUCAGGGCCAUCACAUGAUGAGGUUAGAUAACUACAUAUCAUUCUUUACACAGAUUAUGGCCCCUGAUUGACUAUGGAACUUAGGUUAAAGUUUUAGGGCAAGUUGGGAUAUUUAUUAAUAACUUUUAUACCCUUCGUUCAAUUGACUUAAUACUUCACACAGUUGUUCAGGGCCAUCACAUGAUGAGGUUAGAUAACUCCAUAUUAUCCUUUACACAUAUUAUGGCCCCUGAUUGACUAUGGAACUAAGGUAAUAGUUUUAAGGCAGGUUUGGAUAUUUAUUAAUAACUUUUAUACCCUUUGUUCAAUUGACUUAAUACUUCACACAGUUGUUCAGGACCAUCACACAAUGAGGUUUAUUUACAUAACUCCAUAUUAUCCUUAAUACAAGUUAUGGCCCCUGUUUGACUUAGGUUAAAGUUUUAGGGCAAGUUAAAGUUAAGGGCAAGUUGGUAUUUUAAUAGAAAAACUUCUAUAUCUUUCAUUUAAUGCACUUAAUAAAAUUCAAAAUUAUUGACGACCAUCUUACAACAAGAAAUAUAACUCCAUUUUAACCCUAAAUACAAAUUAUGGCCCUUGAAUUAUUAUUAUUUUUUUUUUUUUUAAAUUUCUUUUGAAAGGCAUAUUUGUAUAUUCUUAACCACAUUUUUAUAAUGGAAAAUCAAGUUAUUUGAAUGACUUGCGUCAUUGUUAGGGCAGGCUGGUGGGAGGGCAGCAUCAAAGUCACCUUAUGUAUCGAAUAAUUUUAGUUAGGUUUGACAUAAAGAGACCAAACUUGGUUAUAUUACAUCGUUAUUGUAUUCACUUCUAAGUCAAAGCGGCGUAGUCGAGCGCGCUGUCUUAGGACAGCUCUUGUUAUAUUAUUGAACACACAUUUCAUACUAAUAAUAUAAUUUUCACAUUUUAUAAUGUUUAUAUAAUUCACACUUUUAUACUGAUGAUAUAAUUUACACAUUUUCCAAUUGAUUUCUGAAUGCCAUAUGUAGAAUCCUGCCAUAUUUUUACUUAUUUUGUCGCUGUCAUAGUAUGUGUACAGUGAUGUAUCAUAUAAAUAUAUUGAUAUUUAGAAUACAUAUUGAAAAAAAUAAAAAAAUAAAUUGUGUUCCUGCCAAUUUAGAUGUUUUCCUAGUUAAUGGAUUUAAUGUAGGUGUAUUGUGUUGUUUGUGCAAAAACUUAACUCUAAAGUUUUAACUUAAAGGGGCUGUACUCUGUAUGAUAAAAUAGCUAAAAAAAAGAAAAUUGACAUAAACUUGGCAUCAAUGUGUACAAUGCAUUGAAACUUACUAACUGAAGUACCACAUAGUUUACAAUUUAUUUAAGUUUAGCAGUUAUUUCGUAUUUUUCCAUUAAAAAAGUUACUGGGUAUGUGUACCUAGUAGAAUUCAUUCCUUGUGCGUGAUUGGCUAGUCGGGGUUAUCACGUGAUAUUACCGAGUUAGGUCUAUAGCUUAAUUAUGUCACCCGAUUAGAGAAAGGCAUCAUAGAUCAGUGGAUAUGAUGCUGGACUGCAAUUUUGCCGACAUGGGUUCGAACCCGGUCUCUGACACAAUUUUUUUUUAACAUUUUGGUACUUUUUUUUCAAUUAUGAUAUCAAAGUGUAACACAUUCUAUUAGAUAUUUGUCCUGAGAUUUGUUACAGAAAUAAACUCUUUUUUUGUGCCAAUCUGGUGUACAGUCCCUUUAAGAAGUGUUCAGGAUAUUUAGCUGAAAUUUGGUACAUAAGUUGCAAGAGACAAUAUGAAGAUAUACAGCAAGGCCCGUAACUCUGGCUUAAAUAACUGUUAAGUUAUGCUCCUUGUUUGAAUGAGAAAAAAAAAACAGACAAGCAUUGCCGUUUGCUCUUGUUUAUUGUUUACAUGUUAUUUUGUUUUAAAGGUAUACACUUACUGUAUUGAUUCAAAAUGCAUUUAUCCAUUUACCAUUAAUCUGGGUCAACAACUAUAUGUAGUUUGUCAUAAAAACCAAGUUAGUUGUAAGUGACCUUACUUUUUGAAAAGAUGUGUCUGCCAUAAUUUCUGUAGAGUUCUUAAUGCAAUGGCAUCAUUGUUGUAUUUACAAAUCAAAUAAAUUUGCACACUUUUA